AUGGUUCUCAAUAACUACGAAUUAGAAGACUCUGACGAUCAACCGGUGAGUCCAACUGGCCAAUACUUCAAUAGCUCAGUGCUCUCUAUUGCCGUCUUAGGAGUAUUAGAGUCGGAAAUCCCUAUUCAAGAAGAUGACUCCAUAACUUUGAAAUUGAUUAGGGAUGUCUUUCUCCCCAUCAAUUCUCGUUUCUCUUCUAUCAUGGUUGAAGAUGAAAAAGGGGUGAAAAAGUGGAAGAAGGUAGAAGUGAAACCGAAAGACCACAUCCAUGUGCCAAAUUUUCCAGAGGGGAAAUCGGUAGAAUUCUAUGAUGAAUGCUUCAAUGACUACUUGUCAAAUUUGGCAAUGGAGAAACUCCCACAAAACCAACCAUUGUGGCAAAUCCAUAUCAUCAAAUACCCAACUAAGAAUGCGGCCGGAAACCUUGUGUUCAAGCUUCACCAUGCCCUUGGUGAUGGCUUCUCUCUUAUGGGAGCUCUACUUUCUUGUUUGCAAAGAGCCGAUGAUCCUUCACUUCCCAUUAAUUUCCCGACAUUUCGAGUGAAUCCACGAGAAAAUGAGGAUGAUAUUGGGGUUUGUAAGAAGUUGCCUAAAUUACUUUCUGGGAUUGGAAAUACUGUGUAUGAUUUUGUAUGGGGUUUAUUGAAGAGCACUAUUCUUGAAGAUGAUCGGACGCCGAUACGGUCUGGUAGUGAAGGAGUGGAAUUUCUGCCAAUCACCAUAACCACAUUCUCAUUCUCUUUGGAUCAGAUCAAGCAAAUUAAAGUCAAACUUGAUGUGUCCAUAAAUGAUGUUAUAUGUGGAGUAAUAUUCUUGGGGACAAGAAUAUACAUGGAGGCAAUGAAUGAAGAGAAAAGAAAAGAAAUUUCUACGGCGUUGGUGUUACUAAAUACUAGAAAUAUUGGAGGCUACAAAUCUGUGAAGGAAAUGGUGGAACCAAACACUGAAUCGUCAUGGGGAAACCAGUUUGGAUUUUUGCAUGUUUCGGUACCCAAAUUGACAAAAUCGGACUCUUCAAAACCACUCAAUUUCGUGUUCAAAGCAAAAGAAGUUAUCAAGAAGAAGAGGGAAUCUGCAGCUGUUUACUUAACUGGCCAAUUGCUCGAGACAUUGAGGAAAUACUUUGGACCUGAGGGAACAGCUAAGUAUGUCCACAGCACGCUAAGGAACUCCAGUAUGACAGUUUCCAAUCUUUUCGGGCCAGUGGACCAAUUGGCUUUGGCUAAUCACCCAGCUAAAGGUCUCUAUUUUAUGGUUGUUGGAGUUCCGCAGGUACAUUUAUAUACUACUUUGUCACAAACAUUAAGUCCCGUCUAAGUAUGAAUUAAUUCAGACUGUAAAAUUAAUUACGAAAAUUUCAUUACAUUUUCCUACGGGAUUCGAUUGCAGAGUCUAACAAUAACAAUGGUGAGCUACAUGAAAACGUUAAGGCUGGCAAUAGGAGUUGAGAAGGGAUUCAUCGACGAAAACAAGUUCAAAUUAUGCAUUCUGGAAGCCUACAACAUAAUGUUCAAAGCUGCCGUUGACGAUUCCCAGCCCGAUGAUCAGUGUCCCACACCCACAAACUGAUAUUAUACCGCCAGCUGCUGGUAAUUACUCCACCUAUGCAACCUAAAUCAAUUGUCCCGUUUGAAUUUUAAUUUUUAGUAUAACUCAUACUAAAAGUGAAAAUUCAAAAUGCACGAUUAUUUUGAGACAGAAGGAUAUGACCUUCAAUCCUUGGCAGAACUGCGCUUCUGAAGACUUAAAAUGGUCAAACUCAGUACAGAUGAUAAGGGCCUGUGUAUUCUUUUCAUGAGUGAUAUAUAUACAUGAUGAUGCUAUUUAAGGAAUUCAUGUACAAUAGUAUAAACGUGUCGAAAAAAAUGGUGCGGUACAAAUCAAAACUCAAACUCAUCACAUUCUUUGACGAAUACUUUUUUCUCAAAGACAGCAUUCUUGUUCUUAAAAUUAUUUUUAGAUAUUUUUACAGCACAACUGUAUACAUAACCAAACAAAAAAAGGGGUAAUGGAGAGUUUUCGUUUAUGCC